CCACGGAAAAAGAAACUCGAGAAACACCUUCCUGCCCUAAAUUUCAGCGGAAACGCUGAAUAAUAAAGAAAAUUUGAGUAAAGUGGAUUUCCGUUCUUGGCGUGCUUCCAGUAGACGUCUAGGAGGAAUCUCCCGGCGUGAGCGUAGGUAUCUCGCGCUAUAUAGGAGAGUCGGCCCGAGGGCCGGGCCCUCUUUCGCCUCCUCGCUUCCAAGAUGACCAAGAAAAGAAGGAAUAAUGGUCGUGCCAAAAAGGGCCGCGGCCACGUGCAGCCUAUUCGCUGUACCAACUGUGCCCGUUGCGUGCCCAAGGAUAAGGCCAUUAAGAAGUUCGUCAUUCGGAACAUCGUAGAGGCCGCAGCCGUCAGGGACAUUUCUGAAGCGAGUGUUUUCGAUGCCUAUGUGCUUCCCAAGCUGUAUGUGAAACUGCAUUACUGCGUGAGUUGUGCCAUUCACAGCAAGGUAGUCAGGAAUCGUUCUCGGGAAGCCCGGAAGGACCGAACACCUCCACCCCGAUUUAGACCUGCUGGUGCUGCCCCACGACCUCCACCAAAGCCCAUGUAAGGAGCUAAGUUCUUAAAGACUAAAGAAAUACUGUUCCCUGGAAAGACAAUAAAGUGGAAAUUAUACUUUAUAUGGCGUGUUGAGUAUGUAUUGUCAGGUGGAGGGGGGGUGUAUGUCAUAGAAUUAAUUACUUUUACCAAGUAUUCAGUUGUGGAGUGCCACAUGAUGUUUUCAUGGGGUGAGAAAGCUUAUCCAGGUGAGUUAAACCUUUUGUAUUUCUGCCUUUGGCCUCCCCAAUUUGCAUAGCUGAAGGCUGGGGAGAGGAGUUAAGGCAUCUGUGAAUGUUAGAUUAAUUCAGCCUCGCAAGUAGUUUAAGCUGGGGUCUUUAAAACAGGGAGGAACUAGCAGGGUAAGGAGUGUUAUUGAAUCAGGAAGUGAUUUAGACUGAGGUGUGCAUACCCCUGGUGGAGGACAGAAGACUUUAUUUACUAGGAGCGGGUGACUUGGAUAGCUUAAGGGGUCUGUAUUCAGAUUUAUGUAGCUUAAAGGGUCUGUAUUCAGAUCCUUCAUAAAAUUCACCUGUCUACUGUGGUCUGCUGGUAAGCCAGUUCUCACCCAGCCUGCAUCUUUCUAUGGUACAUUGCUCUAUGGGGUGAAAAUGUACAGGACACGAGGCGUUCCUAGAAAUUUGUGGAAGUUCCAAGAGAGGACGUUUCCAUGCAAAGUAUGGGAAAAGGCUGUACCUAAUUUUAUCUGUGUGGCAAUGGUUCAUUUGUUCCAGAAUUCAGAAAUUAGAAAGUUACCGGCUAGGGAUAUACAGUUGAACCUUGAACAACAUGGGUUUAACUCUGUGGGUUGUUCUGUUUUGUUUACAAUAAACACAUACUACACAGUC